AUGUCCCGGAAGGCCCGCGUGGAUGUGCAAGAGAAAGCCACUUGGGACCGGCCUCAAUAUUUCGUGUUCAGCAAAGGGUAUGGCCCUCCGAAGCCUCAACAUAUAGUGGGAAGUUUGCCAGAGAACGGCGAGAUAUUGGUCAUUCUGCAUUUACCUGAAGAUGCGCCACUGCAGCCAGACGAUGACAGCCACCCCGCAUGCAAAGCGAUGCUGCCUCACAUGGAUAGGUUCUUCCGGGCAAGCGGACCGGCUUCGCCCCCUCGUGCUGUCAUCGUCGUGGACUUGCGCUCGGCAUGCGCCAACAUUUCAGAAAGCAUUGCCAAAGUACUUGAUGAUGAAGGCGCCGCAGAGAAACUAGGCAAGGGGCUGACAACGAAGGCAGCGCGUGCAAUUGAAAGACUUUGCUUGCGUGGGGCCACUCUUAUUGCCAGUCAGGGCACUGCGCAGAUUGCUCUGAAAUUGCUAAGUAGUUCUCGAAUUCUGCCGGAAGCCAUCAAGAGGCUGGUGUUGAUUCAUCCUCGUUUGCCGGGUUCUUGUGUCAACUACACCUUAACACCAAAGACAAAGUAUCCGCUGCACCUCGAUGCAAUUUUCGAUUCCGAAGGCACGCAGCAAAGAAGACUCGACAUUCUGAGUGGUGCCUUCAAGACAGUCACGCCACAUGUGUGCGCAGACCAUGAUUCUGCAGCGUUCCUCGGUUUGCAACAAUGCUUGGGCAGCGAUGCUUCGCCGGGCGAUUCAGAAGAUCUGGGCGAAUCCAUGUGGGUUUGCCAGUUAACGAUUGAGCUGGACCCCAGAUCUAAGCAGCCAAGGGCUGAAAUCGUGGACAUAACUGCGGAUGUCCAAGAUUCAGAGCCCGACCCGGAACAUGCAGAAGGAGAUGACGAGAUGGAGGACCUGGGUACAGAAGUUGCAGCGUUGGUCCUUCGUGGCAGUCGCUGCCUCUUGGUUCGUAGUUUGGACAAGCAGUGGACCGGCAUGAGAAUCCCCACUGCCGUUGCAGAGCCGGACGAAAAUACUUCCAAGACUGCCCAGCGGUGCAUCGAGGAGUUGUGUGAUGUCGAAGGCUCCGAGAUCGAAGAGCUCGUGGCGGUUCCACAGCUUCCCUUGUACAAAGGCGGCCGGUGUGUGAAGAUGGUAUGCUUCAGGGCUGUCAAUCCGCCCGCUGGUGCCCCGGAGGAUGCGGAUGUCUCUGACGACGAAGACCUUUACGAUUGGUACACGUGGCCCAGGGCCCUGCAUGCUCUCAACAGCCGGCCUCACGAAAUCCGGGCCUUGCGUGCCGUGGCCGUGGUGCUGCAAAACGCAGCAGAGGCCGGCCUGGUGCGCGCCGAGUAUGGCGGGAUCUUUGGACAGGAGUGGACGAGCUGCUUCAGCGAGCCGUCGGGUCAAAUGCCUGCCCUGGUAGCUGUUGAGCCGGAGCUUCCGAUUGUCAAGAAAAAGCUUCCGGUCACCGUACUUUCGGGCUUCCUUGGUGCAGGGAAGUCUACGCUUCUGCACCACCUGCUGGGCAACAGGGAUGGCAUGAAGAUCGCAGUCGUUGUCAACGACAUGGCAUCUGUGAAUGUUGAUGCGAUCCAACUGGAGGGUGCGAAACUUCUCAAACAGGAUGAGAUGAUGAUUGAGCUUUCCAAUGGUUGCAUUUGCUGUACACUUCGUGAGGAUUUGUUGACGGGAUUGCGAACCCUGGCUGCCGAGGAUUUUGAUUAUGCGCUCGUCGAGUCUUCAGGAAUCUCUGAGCCAAUGCCCGUGGCGGAGACAUUUACUUUCGAAGACGAAAAUGGUGUAAGUCUCGGACAAGUUGCCCAGCUGCAAAACCUGGUGACCGUUGUGGACUCCUCUGCGUUCUUGAGGGAGAUGUCCUCUGCGGAGGCUUUGCGUGACCGGAAUUGGCAUGAAGGUGAGGAGGACAAGAGAGGCAUUGCAGCCUUGCUAUUUGACCAAGUUGAGUUUGCUGAUGUCGUGCUACUCAACAAGGUGGACCUUGUGUCGGCCUCGGACCUCGCGAAGAUCCAUCAAAUCAUCGCAGAGAUCAAUCAUCGAGCUGAAGUCAUCGAGACAUCCUUCAGCAAGCUCGCGCCUGCGAGCAUUUUCCAGGUUGCCAGGUUCAACAUGGACACCGCAGAGACCAAUCCGAAAUGGCUGGCAGAAGCCAGGCAUGCAGAACAUGUCCCAGAAUCCGUGGAAUAUGGCAUCCAUUCUUUCAUCUUUCGCGCCAGAAGACCUUUUCAUCCCGAAAGGUUGCGUUCCUUGAUGGAUGCGGCUUGUGCUCGCAGCGGUGCAAUGCAGGACCUGGUUCGAUUGAAAGGCAUUACUUGGUUGGCUUGCCACAACAAUCUGUCCCUAACCGCUGCUUUCGCUGGCUCCAGCUUCGCCAUUACUCUUGGACCACCUUGGUGGGCGGUUGUUCCUCGUUCGGACUGGCCGCAGGGUCUCGAAGAUGGCCUGAAGCCAUUCUGGGACGACGUGUACGGUGACCGCCAGCAAGAGCUGGUUUGUAUUGGGAUCCACAUGGAUGAGACGGCGGUCAAGGUUGCCUUGGAGCAAUGCCUUGUCACAGACGAGGAACUGGCACUAGGGCCAGACACUUGGUCGUCUUGGAGUGAUCCUUGGAACUGCCUUGCCCAGGAACAUGGCGGUUGUGAUGUGUCUGGCCACGACCAUGGCGGGGGUCACGCUCACAGCCAUGGUCACAGUGACGCUGUGCAUGGUCAUGACCAGGACAGUGGUCAUGCCCACAGCCAUAGCCAGAGUCAUGGCCAUGAUGACGGAGGACACGGAUGCGAUGCACAUUGCCACGACCAUCACGGUGGUCAUGAUGACAGCCGUGGUCAGAGCCAUGGUCAUAGCCAUGGAGGAUAUGCCAGCGCUAAGCAGGGUCACAGCUAG